GAGAAGGGAGUUUUCACGGUCUGUCAUCGAUAAUCAACCCACAUGCACUCACUUUAAGGUGUUGGGACUAUGUGAAGUCGAUUGGCUUGGUUUCUCUCUUGAUUCAUUAAUAUCUUCUUGCGCUUCUGCUUAGAAUAUCGAUAAUCCUAAAUAUUGCACCUCUCUCGCCCAUCAUGUGGCAGGUAUUUUCAUAUUGGAUGAUCCCCACGGCCUCGGCUAUCAUCUGGUUUACUACACUCAAUGCGCUGCUCGGAGCCUUUAUUGUCUUUCCCCCUCACGAUCACCUUAACCCCGCUGUAUUAGCCCGACCACCUUAUCCAUCAAUGGCUUCCAAAUUUCAAUCAGUGCCAUACGUAUCAGAUAUCGGAGCUACCAAAGAAAUGCAGCCAAUAUUUGUAAUAGGUUGUAUCCUGACCACUUUCUUGCUCGCAGGAUGUUUUGUUGCAGAACGCACACUUCGUCAUAAAGGCCGUCUCGCAAGGAACACAGACAAUACAGAGAGAGCAGUGGCUUAUCUGAGCAUUGUGUCGGCUGUGAUUGGAUCCACGGGCUUGAUCUUUCUGAGCAUAUUCGAUGUUUGGAGAUAUAGGACCAUACACAACACAAUGGUGGGGUUAUUCAUUUCUGGAUAUGCUAUUAGUGCCUUUUUUCAAUUUUGGGAACAUUAUCGUAUGGGAUCUAAGUAUCGAGACACGCAUGCGAACCUGAUGGUUUCAGCUUACACGAAACUCGUUUUUAUUGCUCUGGAAGGCGUUCUCGGUCUCGCAUAUUGGUAUGUCUUCAUAGCAAAGAAUUGGGAUGCGGGUGCUGCUAUCGAAUGGGCCGUGUCCUAUGUUUUCUGUUUUUACAUCCUUUCAUAUCUUUUUGAUUUCCUCCCGGCAUUGAAUACGAAAGAGAAAGACUGUAGAUUUGGAGUUUAUACCGAAGAAUGCAUGGUCCAGGUUAAUGGUCGCAGGAAGCAAGCUGUUGUACAGGAGGUCAGGGGAGUUGCACCAGGAUGAGAAAAGGUUGGAGACUUUAGCUAUACAUAUCAUUCCCGCAAUUAGAAUCGGCCAUGACCUUGUUAAAGCAAGAGACAAAAAUUCUAGAUUAUUCUAAGUAGGCCGUUACUAAAUGCAAACAUUCAUCGCAAAUAUCCAUUAAUAUCCGGUACUGGCCCA